GGAGAGCAAGAGAGAGAGAGAAAUAAGAGUGGCAACAACAGUCACAUCUGGAAGUUAUUGAAAAGUAGAGAGAGCAAGGGAGAGAAAGAAAGAUAACUUUAUUGUAAUAGAAAAGAUAGAAGAGUCAGAGGUAGAAAGGAUGAACAAACUCUAAAUGUAGGGAUAGACUUAUUAAAUGUAUCAAUUGAGUUAAAGAUUUACGGGAGGACAGAGUUUAUUUAAAAGUUGACAGAGAGAAAGGAACAGAGGAAAAGAAAGAUAAAAAAAAGAAAGAAAGAAACUGGAAUUCUAUCCUAAGAACAAUCCAUACAAAGAGGGGAGGAUGACAAAGAGGGAAAACUCAAAUGUAGCUUUCUAAUCUGGAGGACCGUUCAAAGCAUAUGUUAUUGAAAUUAAAUCAACUCAACAAAGGAGAAGAGUCAAGAGAACAAAAGAGGAGUCCCAUAGUCUGGAAUUCUUCUACUCAUUUGUCUGUCUAUCAAGCCUGUGAGCCAACCGUCAGACAGGAUGUCAGCCUCUCGGAGGUGCCUGUGCUGCGUGAAAUACCUCAUGUUCGUCUUCAACCUCAUCUUCUGGCUGGGAGGAUGUGGCCUGUUUGGAGUGGGAGUGUGGCUAUCAUUCACCCAGUCCGAGUUCUCCUCCCUCCCGCUGUCUUUUCCCUCACUCUCUGCAGCAAACCUACUUCUGGUUGCUGGGGGCGUCACCAUGGUGACAGGCUUCCUGGGUUGCCUUGGCGCCCUGAAGGAGCAGCGCUGCCUGCUGAUGACGUUCUUUGUAAUCCUUUUGCUCCUGGUCUUGACAGAGGUGACUCUAACCCUGGUCCUCCAUAUCUUUCACAACGAGCUGGACACAAAAGCGCAGGAUGAGUUAAAGGAGGGGAUGAAGGAUUACUUGACAGACGAAGGACUGAAGUCGUCAUGGGACAAUGUGCAGAAAAUGUUCAAGUGCUGCGGCGUGACCAACAAAACAGAUUGGUACCUCGUGAUCAACGGAACGCUCCCCUUUUCCUGCUGCUCCGGUGGGAUGGACCAAUGUGUUGAAGGAUGGAUCGAGCCGUGUUAUCAGAAGGCCAGACAGUGGCUCCUGGACAACAUUCUCUCUGUCCUGGUGUUUGGAGUCUGCAUUGGCAUUGUCCAGAUCCUGGCCCUGAUUUUCUCCCUGCUGAUGUACUGCCAGAUCCUCCGUGCUGAGAAGUACCUGGACUGAUCUGGGACUGGUCCUUCACAGACAGGAGAGGCUGAAUGAGAGACUCCCUAGCUGGCACAGAAAGUUAAAUGUAACGUUCCCUUAAGGUUGUCCUUUGGUUAUUUGACAAAUUACUUCCCCACAACGUUGUGGGAACAAAAAAAGUGUUAGCUGGGUCCUGGAUGUGAUAUACCAGCUGCUGGGGAUGGUUUUUCAGAACAUUAAAUCCAGAUCAAAAUCAUCCUUUUGUGUGUUCAAUUCUGUUAAGUUUGAAUAAAAUAUAUUUGAAUGAGAACACAUCACACUUUUGAAGGGUUAUUUUAAUCUGGAUUGAUGGUUCUUAUAACAGUGCACUAAAAACCAUGGGGCACAUUCCAGGUCAUCUUCAUUGCAGUCAUGUUGCUCAGAUGGUCAUAUCUCACAACGCCUGGAGAAGUGGAAUUAAAUUGGCUUUGAGAGAUCUGAUCAUCUGAACAACACGACUGCAAUUCUAGCCAUUUACUUAUCCAGUAUAAGGAAGGACAUUAUUUGUAACUAUUGGAGACUACAUGCUACUACUUGUCACUUUCACUAUUAGGUGAUACAAAUGAUAUUGUUUAGUAGUGAAAAUGUAAAGCGCUUGCUCUGAUGCCCAUGGACAAGCAGUGAGAUUUGCCCCUAAGAAACAUUUACAGUAUUCUAUUCUGCAGCAUCUUUUAACCAGAAGUCUAAACUAUAUGUUUAAAAGUGAGCCUUACCAAAGCAAAUAAAAUGUAAAUCCAUUGUCA